AGCUCGGGAAAAUCCGACCAUGAACACUAGUAUCUAUUCUCGUGCCGAUCAGCCGAAAGUGUAACCUGUGAGCCGCAAAGUUACGUCGAACCGUCGCCGUCCGGUAAAGAACGCCGUAGUCAUUGCGACGCACUUUACACAGCCAACCACUGCUACUUCUUCCGCACACCACCCCGGCCAUGUCUGCCGCGUCGUCCUCCUCCCGGUCCGCCAUCCGCCGUCUGCUGAAGGAGCUCGAUACCUGGAAGAACACCGAGUCGGCCGGCGAACAGGGGAUUGAGCGCCUGGGGCCCGUCGGCGACGAUGAGUUGUUCAGCUGGGAGUCGGUGAUCAAUGGCCGGGGGAUUGGGCAUGGCUACGAACACGGACGCUGGCUCCUCCGCAUCACCAUCCCGCCGUCCUACCCAUUCAAGCCGCCGCAGAUCUCCUUUGCCACGCCGAUCGUGCACCCGAACGUCCACCUGCAGACGGGCGAGAUCUGCUUGGACCUGCUGAAGGACAAGUGGUCGCCGGCAUACAGCGUGCUCCAAUGCGUGCGCGAGAUCCGCAUGCUGCUGGGCAUGCCGGGCGUGGAUUCGCCCUUCAACGUGGAUGUGGCGGCGCUCUUGCGGGACGGAGACGCGCUCGGGGCGAGGAGGUUAGUGGAGUUGUGGGCGGAGGAGGAGAGGUACGAAGGAGAAUAGUAUUCGUUCCAUGAGUUGCGAGAUAGGAUCGGGGGUUCUGCCGUUUAUUUUUUUUUUUUUUGUUUCCUUUGGCCCGGGCUGGC